AUGGAUAUAUUAUUUUAUAAAGUAAUACAUAAUAAAACUAUAUUUAAAAAGAUUAUAAAAUAUUUAUCCUACGAAAUACAAGAUGAUAAUAUAUUAUCACCCACUGAAAAUAAACAUUCAAUUAAAUGGUUAAUCAACAAUAAUUAUAGAGCGACAUUAAAAUAUAAAUUAAUGAAGAGUCAUUGUUAUUUAGUUUUAGAUAGUAAUACACCAUCAACAUCAUUAGAAUUACAAAAAAGUGAUAACCAAAUUCAAUUUUAUAAAUUAAUAGAAUUAGAUGAACAAAAAAGAUUAAUAAAUGAAGAACAAGAUAAUAAUAACAAUAAUCAAUCAUUAGAUGAUAAAUUAUUUAAAUUUUAUACAAAUUUUAAAAAUAAUAUAAUAAAUAAUAAUAAUAAUAAUAAUAAUAAUAAUGAUGAAUUUUUAAAUAUAUUUAAAUAUUUUAAAGACGAACAAGAUCAAGAAUUUUAUAAAUCAUUAUUAAAGCGAUAUUCAAAAUUAAAAUAUUUUAAAAAAAAGAAUAUUGGAUAUACACUUGUUAAUUCAUCGAUAUUAUCAAAUAAUCAAUAUUCAUUGAAAUCAAUUUGUAAGAAAUUUAAUUAUCAACCAACUUAUUCAAACCUUUUUCAAUCUAUUUUCUUUGAAAAUUUUGAUAUUUCAAAAUGGAUAAUUAUAAAUCAUAAUAAUACAACUGGUUUUGAAGAUGAUUUUAAUCAACUAUAUUCAACAAAGACAACAACAACAACCACAACAACCACUACUAUUGAUAAAGAUGGUAAUAAUAAUAAUGAUAAUGAAGAAAUUCAAAAAUCAAUCACUUCAAAUAAAAUUUGGAAUUGUUUAUUAAAAUCAUUAAGUAGUUUCAAUGGUUCAUUAAAUAGAGAUCAGUUUGAAGGUUAUUUAGAUUUUAUAAAUUUCUUACUUUCAGAUUGUUCACAAUUCAUUCAAAAACCAAUAGAUUCUGAUAAAUUUGAAAAUAAAAAAAUAAAAUCAAAAAAUAAUAAUAAUAAUAAUAAUAAUAAUAAUAAUAAUAAUAAUAAUAAUAAUAAUAAUAAUAAUAAUAAUAAUAAUAAUAAUAAUGAAAAUCAAAAUAGUAUUAAAGAUUUUAAAAAACAAAUUACAUUUACACUUUUUAGAGAAUGUCCAAUAAAAUUAAAUAUUAAAUUAAAAACAUUAAUAACAUCAGCAUUAAUAUUUAACAAAUUAAAAUUAUAUAAAAAAUCAUCAACAACACCAACUAUUAAUAAUAAUAGUAAUAAUAUAACAUCACUAUCAACAAAUCAAUAUCUAGUAGAGAAACAAAUUAAUGUAAUGAAUUUUAGCCAACAAGAAUUAGAAACACCAUUACAACUUUUCGAUUCAUCAAAUUUAAAAUUUAAAAAAUUAUUAGAAUUUUAUUAUAUCAUUAGUAGUGGUACAGCAUAUAAUUGUAUGCAUCCAGAAUCAAAUUUACUAGAUAAAAGUAAAUCACAGCAACAACAACAGCAACAACAACAAUCUUUAUCAGUAGCAUUAUCGGAACAUAAAAGUUUAGUUUAUUAUUGUAAAUUUGGAGCACCACCAACAAGUGUAAAUUUAAAUUUUAGUGGUAUGAGCUUAAUUGAUGCAUUUAAAUUUGGAAAUUAUGAAAUGUUAAUUUUAAUGUUAAAAUAUAUUGAUCAUUCAAUACCAGAAACCAAUCCAAUGAGGUUUUUAUUACAAGAAUUUUAUUAUUAUCAAAAAAAACAAAAGCUGAUAAAAGAACAACAACAACAACAACAACAACAACCAAAAUCAUUUUUAUUUGAAAACUGUAUUAAUGAUAAAACUAGAAAAAAGAAUUUCAUAUCAAAAAUGUCUGAAUGUUCAUUAAUUGAUCCAUGGAUUUUAUUUUGUUUAAUUGUUGAAUAUGAUCAAAUAGAUUUAAUAAAGAUGGCAUCUGAUAAAUUGAAAAUUAAAGUAAACUAUUGUAGAAAAUUUAAAAGACAAACAAAAAGAAGAAAAGUAGAUGAUAAUAUUAGUGAAGAUGAUAAUAAUAAUAAUAAUGAAAAUGAAGAUGAAGAUUAUUUAAAUAAUGAUGAAAAUGAAUAUUCCACUACUGGUAUAGAUAAUAGAUUUGGUGUAUUAUCAUUUAUUGUAGAAAGAUUUAAUAAUAUCUAUUCAUUUGUAGAAUCACCAAUAGUUUUAGAUUAUAUUUAUGCUUUAAAUAUUGAAGGUAGAAAAGGUAUCUUGGAUUUAGAUGAAAUUCAAUCAAAAUCAAAUAUCCCAUUAUUAGAAAAAUGUGAACAAUUAAUUAGACAAAAUAAUUUAUUAGCAACUUCAAUAGAACCUGAAAUUGAUAUUAUUAAUUUAAAAAAUGUCAAACGUAUUAUUGAAAAUCCAAAUAUUUAUCAAAUUGAAAAAGAAAUUGAACCAAUAUCAACAACUACACCAACACCAACAACAGAAACAACACCAACAACACCAACAACACCAACACCAACAGAAACAGCAGAAACAACAGAAGCAACAUCAACAACAGUUAAUAAUGAUAAAUAUAGUGAAAAAGAAACAAUAAUGCUAAAUGAAAAUGAAAUUAUAUAUAUUUAUUUUAAUGAUGAAAUUACUGAAACAGAUUUUGAAAAUUUUAAAUUUGUUAUAGAAAAUUAUCCAACAAAUAAGAAAUAUUCAUUUUUACCACCAUCUAUAAAUGAUUUACCAUUUAAUCGAAUAAUUUUAAAACUAUUCCAUUGGAUAUUAAUCAAUAUUAAUAAGUUUUCACUUCCAACUGAUACUUUAAACUUAUUAAAAUAUUGUGUUGGUAAAUUACAAGAUUAUAUAGAUUCAUUAAAUAAUAAUAAUAAUGAUAAUAAUUCAUCACAAUUGAAAUCUGUAUUAUGGUUAUCUUUAAAAAAUGGUGAUUUAAAUUUCAUUAAAAAAUAUCUUCAACAUAAUUUUAAUAAUAAUAAUAAUAAUAAUAAUAAUAAUAAUAAUAAUAAUAAUAAUAAUAAUUUAUUAGAAAUAAUUAUUAAAGAAUCUGUUCAAUUUGGAAAUUUAAAAGUUAUUAAAUUCAUAUUUGAUAAUUAUAAGGAAAAUUUCCCAUCAGUUGAUUGGAGUUUAAUUAAAGUUUGUUUAAAAUUUAAUUAUUUAGAGAUUAUUAAAUAUUUUUUUAGAAAUAAUUUAAUAUCAAUUUCAACUUCUGAAUUAAUGGAAAUUAAAUCAAUCACUUUCCCAAACAAUGAUAAAGAAAAUUUAAAAUAUCAAAAUUCUACUUUUUUAUAUAUUCAAAAAAUUUUAAAAAAAAUAAAUACAAAUAAAUAA